AAAAACCUAUCAACUACCCAUGUUGUGUAAACUAACGCAAAUAAUUUUCUUCCAGCGACAAAAAAAAAAAAAAAAAAAAAAGCUAGCAAAUUUCUCAGUCAUAUAGCAAACAAAAGAAAAAAUGAGUAUAAAACUACAGUAAAGCAAGCGAAGUGUACUGUAUAGUUGAAGAAGCAGAAGAAUCAGUCCAAGCUCCGAAAUUCAUCAACCAUGGCUGCCAAUGAUAUAGUCAAGUACGGAAUCAUAGGAGUGGGCAUGAUGGGUCGUGAGCACCUCAUCAAUUUGUACCACCUCCGAACCCAAGGCGUCUCAGUCGUCGCCAUAGCCGAUCCCCACAUUCCUUCCCAACGCCUUGCUCUUGAUUUAGCUCACUCUUACAAUUGGCCCAUAAAGGUUUUUACCGGACACAAGGAGCUAUUGAAGAGUGGGAUGUGUGAUGUGGUGGUUGUGUCAAGUCCAAACAUGACCCAUUACGAAAUUCUGAUGGAUAUCAUCAGCCAUCCCAAACCACACCAUGUGCUAGUGGAGAAGCCUCUUUGCACCACAGUCCCUCAUUGCAAAGCGGUUGUAGAUGCUGCUAGAAAGAGGAAAGAUAUGCUGGUGCAAGUUGGAUUAGAGUACCGGUACAUGCCGCCCGUUGCAAAGCUGAUAGAAAUAGUUAAGGGAAAAACACUUGGACAGGUUAAGAUGGUGGCUAUCCGUGAACAUCGGUUCCCUUUCUUGGUUAAGGUCAACAAUUGGAACCGGUUCAAUGUUAAUACCGGGGGUACUCUGGUGGAGAAGUGCUGCCACUUCUUUGAUCUGAUGAGGCUCUUUGCAGGUGCAAAUCCUGUUCGCGUGAUGGCUUCUGGUGCAAUUGAUGUUAAUCACAAGGAUGAAAUAUAUGAUGGAAAGGUACCAGAUAUAAUUGACAAUGCAUAUGUUAUCAUUGAAUUCGACAAUGGUUCCCGUGGGAUGCUCGACCUUUGCAUGUUUGCGGAAGGGAGUAAAAAUGAGCAAGAAAUAUCUGUUGUUGGUGAUAUUGGGAAGGGGGAGGCAUUUGUUCCGGAGAGCAUCGUGCGUUUUGGUACUAGAGUGGGAGGAAGAGAUGGUGUCCAGACCUUAAAAGCCGAGGAUGACCGAAUAAAAUAUGAUGGGCUGCACCAUGGAUCUAGCUAUUUAGAACACCUGAACUUCUUGUCUGCAAUUCGAGCAAAAGGCGAACGAGCUCCAGCCGUGGAUUUGCAGGAUGGACUGAUAUCGGUCGCUAUGGGGGUCGCUGCACAAGUUUCGAUAGAGAAGGGUAGAUUUGUGACAAUUCAGGAAGUAAUGGACGAGCACUAGUGCAGAGAUGUUACGCAAAUCCUCUUGAUUUCUUGAGCUUUGUCGAUAGUAUACAGCUUUUUCUCUGCCAUAGAAGAAUGUUCUCGUCAAUGUUAGCAUUCCAAACUUGAACUUUUAUUGAUGCUAAUAUAAAAGGAUUGUUGACUCGUUCUCUGUUGUAUAGAAUUUCGCUGGGCACUAUUGCUUUCACUGAAGAACUUUGACGUAUGCAAUUUCAUAUCGUUUCUCC